CGCGGCCGGGAGCCGCCGCCAUGGCGCUGCCCCCGCGGCGCUGAGCGGCCCCGGGCCCCCCCCCCCUCCCCGGCCCUUCUCGGCCCCCCCCCGGGCCCCCCCGAGCCAUGGCCGGGGCCAUCGCGUCCCGCAUGAGCUUCAGCUCGCUCAAGCGCAAGCAGCCCAAGACCUUCACGGUGCGCGUCGGCACCAUGGACGCCGAGAUGGAGUUCAGCUGCGAGGUGAAGUGGAAAGGGAAGGACUUGUUCGACUUGGUGUGCAGGACGCUGGGGCUCCGAGAAACCUGGUUCUUCGGACUGCAGUACACCAUCAAGGACACGGUGGCUUGGCUCAAAAUGGACAAGAAGGUUCUGGAUCACGAUGUGCCAACAGAGGAGCCUGUCACCUUUCACUUCCUAGCCAAAUUUUAUCCGGAGAAUGCAGAGGAGGAGCUGGUCCAGGAAAUCACACAGCACUUGUUCUUCCUGCAGGUGAAGAAGCAGAUUUUGGACGAGAAGAUCUACUGUCCUCCCGAAGCUUCUGUCCUGCUGGCCUCGUACGCCGUCCAAGCCAAGUAUGGCGACUACGAUCCCAACGUUCACAAGCGAGGCUUCCUGGCGCAGGAGGAGUUGCUUCCAAAGCGGGUAAUAAACCUAUACCAGAUGACCCCAGAGAUGUGGGAGGAGAGGAUAACAGCCUGGUAUGCAGAGCACCGAGGCAGAGCAAGAGACGAAGCAGAAAUGGAGUAUUUGAAGAUAGCUCAGGACUUGGAGAUGUAUGGAGUGAACUAUUUUGCAAUUAGGAAUAAAAAGGGCACUGAACUGCUCCUUGGAGUUGACGCCUUGGGUCUUCACAUCUAUGACCCAGACAACAGGUUGACCCCCAAAAUCUCCUUCCCGUGGAACGAGAUCCGGAACAUCUCCUACAGCGAUAAGGAGUUUACGAUUAAGCCAUUGGACAAAAAGAUUGAUGUUUUCAAAUUCAAUUCAUCAAAGCUGCGUGUGAAUAAGCUGAUCCUUCAGCUGUGUAUCGGGAACCACGAUCUCUUCAUGAGGAGGAGAAAGGCAGACUCGUUGGAGGUCCAGCAGAUGAAAGCGCAGGCGAGGGAGGAGAAAGCCAGGAAGCAGAUGGAACGGCAGCGCCUGGCCCGAGAGAAGCAGAUGAGAGAAGAGGCUGAGAGGACGAGGGAUGAGCUGGAGAGAAGGCUGAUGCAGUUAAAGGAAGAGGCGACGAUGGCCAACGAGGCCCUGAUGAGGUCUGAAGAGACAGCAGACUUGUUGGCUGAGAAGGCUCAGAUCACAGAGGAGGAGGCCAAGCUCCUGGCUCAGAAAGCAGCGGAGGCUGAGCAAGAGAUGCAGCGGAUCAAAGCCACGGCCAUCCGGACGGAGGAGGAGAAGCGGCUGAUGGAACAGAAGGUGCUAGAGGCAGAGAUGUUGGCACUGAAAAUGGCGGAGGAGUCGGAGAGGAGGGCAAAGGAGGCUGAUCAGCUAAAGCAAGACCUUCAGGAGGCUCGAGAGUCUGAGCGGAGAGCAAAGCAGAAGCUUUUGGAGAUCACCAGCAAGUCGUCCUACACGCAGUCCAUGAACUCCAGUACGACAGCGCUGCCCACGGACCUGCCGAGCUUCAACCUCAUCAGCGAGAGCCUCUCCUUCGACUUCAAGGAUACGGACAUGAAGAGGCUUUCCAUGGAAAUUGAGAAAGAGAAGGUGGAGUACAUGGAGAAAAGCAAGCACCUGCAGGAGCAGCUGAACGAGCUGAAGACCGAAAUCGAGGCGCUGAAACUGAAGGAGAGAGAGACAGCCCUGGAUAUAUUGCACAACGAGAACGCCAGCCGAGGCAACAGCAAGCACAACACUAUUAAAAAGCUCACAGUACAGAGCACCAAGUCCCGCGUGGCCUUCUUCGAGGAGCUCUAGGACGCGCCCGGCCGCCCCGCACCGCUCUCCGGCCCCAGCGCCCGCGCCGAGGAGCGGGGUGCCCGCACCGGGCAUCGCCGCGGCCGCGUCCCGCCACCCGCCCCGGACUGCGACGUUCUCCACCUCAGCGUCUGCCGAUCCUCCUCCUCCCUCCCUGCUUUUUUUUUCAGCCUCUCCUGCCUUUUCCUUUUUUUGGUUUUUCCCCCCUUAUGUUUUGGCCCAGCCUUUCGGGCUUUUUCCCGGCAGCACAAGGCCGGGGCCGGGGCGCAGCGGAGGAGCGGGACGGGGCUCCCGUUAGCAGCCCCGAGCAGGUGCCAGCGGAGGGCUGUAAAUCAGCGGGCCCGGCGGAGGCAGGAGGCUGGCACGGAGGAUUUGUGGAGGAGCUGCGGGGGAGAGGGCGAAGGCUGAGGGCUGCUGCUGCGCUGGGGCGAGGAGGAAGGGGCAGGAAGACCUCCUCCUCCUCCUCCUCCUCCUCAUUCCUGUAUGCAGGAGGGGAUGAGGAGCAGGAGAACAGCUGGUGCCAGCCAACUGCGACCUUUUUUCCCUGCAAACUGUGACAAGCAGGGGCAGCCUGAGGCCGGGGGCUCUCCUUGGGGUCGAGGCGGGGCUGCGGCCGGCCGGGAUCCUGGCAGAGGGCAAUCGCGGCCCCGGCUUUGGUUGCGGGGAGGCAGCGGGUGCCCGCUGCACCCCGCCGAGGUGCCCCCACCUCAGCCCCUCUGUGCCUUUCCUGGGCGCUGCAGCUGCAGCAGCCCCAGCUCCGUGCCCUCCCGUUCCCCCAGCAGCUCGCCCCGCACCCUGCCCGUUCCCCGUUGGGGUGAGCAGGACCAGGAGCUGACGGCCAGGUCCGGCGCCCCCAGACGCACGCAGGGACCCCCCCCAUCUCCUCUGCAGCCCCUGGCCGCUGCUCCCCCCACGCCUGGCUCCUGGCCGCCUCCAGCACUACCUCCCCGUGCAAACCGGGGGUCCCGUCCCCAAAACACACCGCGGGUCCCAACCCUGGCCGCCCGCGCUGCGGCUGCCCUGCGAGAAGCCCCUGAGCGAGGUCCCUGGCGCGUCCUCGCGGCUCCGGCCCCACUCCUGCCCUUCCGUGGGGACCCGGCGGGCUCCCAGCGCCCCAGUUCCUCCCUCGCCCCCCCCAGGAUGGAGUCGCAGCCCCCCGGGCAGAGCGUGCCCCAAACCCUCUUUAUUUAACAGCCUGCUGCCUUGUAGCGACUCCCCGCACGAAGCGCGUCUGCAAUUCAGAUGGGUUUGGCCGUGGCCUGGCACAGCCUUUUUCUAUCCCCGUGGAUCGUUGUACUCUGAAGAAAUAACGUUUUUUUUUGUUUUUGUUUUUGUUUUUUCUCAGUUGUUUUAAUAAAAAUUCAAAGCACUACGAGGUGGGGCACGGAGCUCACCUGGUUCUUUUCCCCCACGCCUCCCACACUCGCCAGGACCGCAGCGGGCAGGGGCAAAAUUAAAUUCAUCAAAGUCUAGACAGCUUCAGAGAGGAUGUGGAUUGCGUUGAGAUGACUUUGCCCAAGGAAAAAAUAAAAAUAAAACUAUUUAAAUGGCUUCUUCC